CCGCAGGGUCGAUGCGAAGAGGGCAAUGCGCUGCGGGCGCAGCAGCAGCCGGUGCGGCUGUGGAUAGCCGGGGCCCCGACGCCGUCAUGGAUGCCUCCUCGGCGACGCAGACGAAAAAAGGAACCCCGCUGUCGAGCCCGGUCUCGAGCCUCCUCCUCUUCUUCCUCCUCGUGGGAAUAGGGUCAGCCUCCGGUCGCGAGGCGUCCUUCCUGGGCGACGGCUUCGUUUCCCUGGAACUGGAGGACGCCCGCGAAAGCACGGACCUGAGCCUGCGCUUCAAGACCGUCCGACCCGACGGCCUGCUCCUUCUGGCCGCCGGACCCGACGACCACCUGCUCCUCCAGCUGACCGCGGGCCGCCUCAGACUCCGGCUCGAGCUGGGCGCCGGCGAGCCGGCUUCGCUGGACAGCCCUCCGGGCGUCCGCUUCGACGACGGCCUCUGGCACGCCCUGUCGCUCCAGAGGCACGGCUCCAGCACGCUCCUGCUCCUCGACGGCCUGCACGAGUCCAGGCUGGACCUCCCGCCUCGGUUUGUCCAGCUGGACGUCAAGUGGGGGCUCUUUGCCGGAGGUCUCGGAGACUUCCAAGACCUCUUCCUGGGGCAUCUGCAGCCUUUUCGCGGGUGCAUGGCGGACGUGUUGUUCAACGACGUGGACCUGUUCGAGUCUGCCGUGUCCUCGGAAGGCGUCACCUGGGGCGACUGUGCCGGGGAGUUCUCGGCCGUCGUGGAUCAGGCGUUCAGCCUCGUGGAAGCCGACGCCUUCUUGGCCCUGGCGCGGCCCAUCGCCCGCACGGGCGGUUCCUUGUCCCUCGAGGUGCGCACCCAAGCGCAGUUCGCGCUGGUCGCCUACUGCGCCGGACCGCCGUCCAAGGAGGACUUCGUGGCCUUGGAAAUCGUCCAGGGACACCCUAUCGCAUCGCUCAAUCAGGGAAACGGGGUGGUAACCCUCCGCAGCGAGACGACAGUCAGCGACGGCGCCUGGCACCGCCUAGGCCUACACUUUGGCCCUUCCCACGUAGAACUGAGUGUCGAUGGUCAAGUCCAAUCCCUCCGCACCGGACUGGGCCGAAACCAGUUCUUCGAUCUGGCUGGCCACCUGUACCUGGGAGGCCUGGACGUGGCCUCGCAGUCAAGGGCAGUUCUACAACACGGCCUACAGUCCGAAACUUCCCUUCGAGGCUGCCUGCGGCAUGGACAGGUCAAUGACAAGCCCGUGGGGCUUCCAGAUGCACUCGUGACCCGAGGCUUGAAACCGGACUGCGUCUGGGAGUUUCCCUGCCUUCAGGACCCGUGUCAGCCUGGUGCCCGUUGUGUACAGGACGGAACAGACGGCUUCCGUUGUCUCUGCGCGCCUGAUGGUGAAGAGGAAAGUGAAAGUGUUGCCGACGAUUGCGUCCGGGCCAACUUUACGGGCCCGUACCGUGUGUUUGCGUCGCUGGACGAACUGCUGGCCCUGGCGCCGCUCCGCGUCGCAGAAGGCGGUAGUGACGUGGUCACGACGGAGCACAUCAAGCUUCUGGUCGACUACAGGGAGUUGGGAGUUUCGGAUACUGGCGUUCUGUUCCACGUCAUGGAUCCGCCGAAGCAUGGUGCUCUGGAGAUCGAGGUGUGGCAUCGUGGGACUCCCGACAACGUGUUCACCUUCGCGGACCUGGAGACGCGGAAAGUGCGCUACACGCACGACGGUUCGGAGAACCAUGGUGAUUCGGUGGUGUUUGAGCUGGAGUUUCGGUCCAGGAGUUUUGAUCUUCCGGCGUCCCUGCAGCGACGCCGACGGUUUGUGCUUCAUGUGCUCGUGUCACCCGUCAACGACGCACCCAGAGUCAAGGUUCCGCCGGGUAAGGUGCUUCGACUGGCAAAAGGCACCCGCAAACUCUUGACGUCCGAACUGCUGGAGGCGGACGACGAGGACACCAAACCCUCCGAGCUGGUCUAUAAGGUGCUGAGCUUGGGGGACACAGACAAGGACGGCUUCAUGGAACACGCCGACAGGCCUGGAGAACCGCUGAGGUCCUUCACACAGGAAGACAUCGACCGACGCCUGGUGAGCUUCGUGCACCGGGGAAGGGAAGCCGAGUCCCACGUGGCCCUGGGGGUCUCGGACGGCGGCUCGGAGGCCCAGUCGCAGACCGUGGUGCUCCGGGUCCAAGCCUUCGACCUGGCCCUCUCCCUGGCCAACAACACGGGACUGGUCCUGGCUCGCGGAGGCUGGACAGCCCUGAGCACCACCAACCUGUCGGCGGUGACCAACGCGCCCGACCAGAGCCUUGACAUUCGUUACGAGGUAACGCAGCCUCCUCGCCACGGCACUAUCGAGCGACUAAAAAGCACGGGGCGCUGGUCGCCCGUGGGCCACUUCAGCCAACGACACAUCGUACGUGGCAAGGUCCGGUACACGGACACGUCAUCGGGUGACGCCCUCCCGUCAGAGGGUCUCCAGGACCUCUUCCAGUUCUGGAUAUCAAGCUCCGGCAAGAGGGAAGGACCUUUCGACUUUCGAUUGUCCUUCGAGAGCGUUCAAGCCGUGCACAACGAGCAGCUCACGCUUGAGGGUAUCCUCGAGGGCGUCGUGAGCGCGGCGCAUCUCACGUACACAUCUUGGCCCUCUCCUUCUUCGCCAGACGUUGUCGUCUACACCCUGGAACAGCCGCCUCAGAUGGGAAACCUCGUAAUUACGUCCACCCCGAUGUCCUCAAGUAUGGAGUCUCCGAGUCCUCUGGGCGCAGGAGACCAAUUCACGCAGCGGCAAAUCGACCAGGGCGUCCUCCGGUACCAGCUACGAAGACGUGCCUUAGUCCGAGUGUCCGACUCGUUCCGGUUUCACGUGUCUGCCGGAGGUGGUGCCCAGGCGAGAGACCAGGAGUUUCGCGUGUGUCACCUUCCCAAGGAUGCCGUGCUGGUCAGUGAGGAACUGACCGUGACCGAAGGAGGACAGGCCACGCUGGGAGGACUGAGACCGCUUCUUCAAGGGCGUCAGGCUCGGUUCAAUGUCACCAGGCUUCCGAGUCACGGAGAGCUGCGGUUGCUUGACGACACGUUGAGCCAGGUCGAAGCGCGACCCGUGGUCAACUUCACCUCUGACCAGCUGGACGCCAAGAGACUCAUCUACAGACACGACGACUCGGAGCAUGAGCGGGACGAGUUUGACUUCGUGGCGUACGCAGAGGGUGAACGCCUCUUGUACGGGACUUUCAAGGUGUCCGUGUCGAUGCGGAACGACAACCCUCCCGUGCGUGUUGUGGACCGAGUCUUUCAGGUUGUCGCUGAUUCGGAGCGUCCGCUGACGUCCCAAGACCUCAAGUACGAGGACGUGGAUUCGCCACCGUCCGAUAUCCAGUACACACGGCGGGACAUCCCCAACGGCGCCCUCUUCCACGCGGACAACAUGGGCGCCCAAGUAUACCACUUUAGCCAAGCGGACCUGGACGCUGGCAAGAUUGUGUUUCGCCACAGCGGCCCACCGUCGGCCAGGGCUCUGCUCUGGGUCACCGAUGGCCAGUACUACGCCUCCGGCGUCCUCGAGAUCAGGGCGUCAAAACCGUUUCUCAGGGUGUCCCGAAACACGGGACUCGUCGUCCGUCGCGGUGACGCUGCGCCUCUCAGCUCGGCCAACCUGUCGGCGGAGACGAACCUGCGCGCGGGUCCGGGCGCCAUCGCCUACAAGGUGACGUCCCAUCCCCGUCGGGGACUGCUGCUCGUCGGAGGCGCCGAGGCGCGUCAGUUCAGCCAGGGCGACCUCGACUCCCAGGCGGUGGAGUACGAGAGCGCCGACCCGGGAGGCGGCCAGGGCGAAGAGUCCGCGUACCAGGACUCCUUCGAGUUCGUCGCCUUCCUGGGCGACACGACGUCUGCGCCGUCCACGUUCCGCCUCACCGUCUACCCGGACAACUUCUGGGAGCCGCUCCACGUGCUCCGCAACGGCACCCUCUUCGUCGACCAAGGAGGCAGCGCUGUCCUGGACGCUUCGAUGCUCCUGGUCACCCACCCUGCCCUCGAUGCCGCCAACAUCAGCUUCAGCGUUACGCAGCCACUCUUGUCGGGCAGACUCCUGGUCGAAGACCGCGUCGUUGGAAGCUUCUCCCAGGCCGACCUCGACUCUGGCGUGGUCCGCUUUCAGCACUCUGGCAACCUUAGUCAAGACCGCGUCGUCCUGGAAGUCUCCAACGGCAUUGCUUCGCGGAUCCAGCUGGAACUACCGGUGCGCGUGGUGCCCCAGGCCAUUCUGCUGGACACCGGCAACGUCAGCGUGACCGAGGGCGGACAGGCGGCGCUGGACUCCUCCCAUAUCAGCGCCGGUCCGCUUCGGGAGUUGCUGCCACAGCUCUUGGUGGUGGAGCCCCCGCAGCAUGGACGCCUCUCGGCUUCGGCCUUCUCUCCAGAAGCCCUCGACCGCGGCGAGCUCCGGUAUCGCCACGACGGCAGCGAGACGUCUCGAGACUGGUUCACGGUCGUGGCUCGAGGCCCCGGCCGCGAGAGCCUGCCGGGCACCGUCCACGUCUCGGUGGAGCCUGUCAACGACGAGGCGCCGUACAUGGCCAACAACACGGGCCUGGACCUGUGGGAGGGUGCCGUGUCGCCCAUCUCGUCCACGCACCUGGCCGCCGUGGACGAAGACUCGGAGCCGGCCCAGCUCCGCUUCCACAUUUCGACGCCCAGCAACGGCUACGUGGCACUCCGGAACGAUACCAAGGUUCCUCUGCUCUCGUUCACCCAGGAUCAGAUCAACAGGGGCCUCGUGGUUUUUGUUCAUACUGGUGCGUGUUCACCAGCAGGAGGAUUCAAGUUCCAGGUGACCGAUGGUCUCAACCAGGGCUCCCCGCACGUCUUCACGGUGAACGCGCGACCGCUCAAGAUUCGCUUGGAGCACAACAAGACGCUCAGCGUGCUUCCGGGAAGCCAGCAGUCUAUCACCAGGGAUCAUCUCCUGGCACGUACUGGUGACCGCAACCGAGACGUGUCCUUUGUUGUCGUCCAACAGCCCCGAUUAGGUAUCCUGCUGCGCGAGAAUCCGCAAGACGGAACUCUGGUCCAACUCAGCCGCUUCACGCAAGCCGAUCUGGACAACUACUUGGUCCUCUACGAGCAUCGUGCACCCAUGUCUCAGCCCGUGGAACACGACUCCCUCCAGCUUGACCUGGUGACGGCCAAUGCGGCGCCCGUGACGGGUGUUCUCUUCGGCAUCCGGAUCGCUCUGGGGGACUCCGUGGCCUCGCUCCUCGGGACACUUCAGGUCACCGAGGGCGGAAGAACGCCUUUGGCAUCCGCGUUGGAUGUGGCGGGUCUUCAGGCACUCUGGCGCGGCAAGCCAGACGUUCCACCCCGCCUUCGACUCUGUGUGCUCUCAGCGCCGAUUCGUGGCUGGCUUGAGCUGGACCAGCGGAACGUAACUGUCCCCCUGUGCGUCGCGGCCCACCGCUUAGAUCAGCUCAUCUACGUCCACGACGAUUCGGAGACGCUCGAAGACUCCAUUCGCGUCGGGCUCUUCCUUGCCUCAGCCAAUGGCGACCGUCCGGACUUAGCCCUACACAACGGAACGUUACGCGUCACCGUGCAUCCAGUCAACGAUCGGCCGUUCACUGUCGAGACACCUAGCCCCGUCGUCAGAGUUGCCAGAGGGUACAGGACAACGCUGUCUUCCAGCAUCCUGAAGACUUCAGACGAGGACGGCUCUUCGGCUCAAAUUGUGUACCAGGUCCUCCGACAAGACGAAGGUGCCUCUAUGUUCGUUCUUGACGGCGCUGAUGUCGCUGCUGCAAACUUCACUCAACAAGAUGUUGACGGCGGGCGAGUGUCUCUGGUCCAUGAUGGGUCUACAAUGACGUCAGACACUCUGCAGCUCCUGGUAAGUGACGGCGUGCACCCAGCCGUACCCGUGUCCCUCCUCAUCGAUGUUGAGUCUGUCGUGCUUCGUGUCUCCAAUGGAACCGGACUCAGGUUGACACAAGGGGACGCGCGAGUGGUCAUCAGUCCAACGACCAUUGGUGCGUCGACAAACGGUGACCUUCAAGAGCUUGUGUACAACGUGACGUCUGAGCCCCAGCUUGGACAACUGGUCUUCCCCGAUGGUGCUGUUGCCGAUGAGUUCACGCACGGCGAUUUAAAGCAAGGACUUGUUGUGUACGAGCAGCAUGACCUUAGCGGCCCAAGGGAUUCGUUUGUGGUGACCGUCAGCUGUAGGCAGGUGCCUCCCGUUGUGCAUCGGGUGGAAGUGAAAGUUGAGGCCCUGGUGAGACAGCGACCACUGGUGGUGCAGACAGGACGUUUUGCGCUCGUCACUGUCGACCAUUUGGACGCAUCCAAGCUGGCAGCGCGAACCAACUCUAUGCCGAGAUAUCGUGUGACUCGAUCCCCAACACUGGGCCUGCUCCUACUCUCCGGAUCCCCAAACCCAGCCCUGGAGUUUACGCACGAGGACAUACUCAACGAAACGCUCGUUUACCACAGCCACGCCAAGGGCGCCACAACGUCCCGCGGCGAUCACUUCGACUUCGAGCUCACAGCAGCGGGCGUCCAGCCAGGCAUCGGACGUUUUCUGAUCCACCUCCAACCCCCGUCUACGGUCGCUUCAGCCACCACUCCUUCAACCCGCGACGCCAACGACAACAACAACGAUACUGGAACGGAACGACCUCCAGGGAUCAUCGAGACAGGCAUCCGCGUACCCCUUCUCACCAACGACCACCUCGUUGUGAUUGGAGUCGCAGCCGGCAUCCUUCUUCUGCUCACUGUCAUCGCCGUAGUCGGGGUCGCCUGCGGCGCCUGUCGAAGCCGAGGCGGGACCGGAGAGAAGCCCCGUGACAGCACCGGUUCCCGACUGUCUUCAGCGAGAGGUCCUGGUAUGCCGCUCGAAGAAACACCGUCGCCGCCGGCUGCGCCGCCCACGUCCCCGUCGAGUACGAGCAGCGAGCCAGUGCCUGGCGUGCCGGACAUGGACUGUCUGCCGCCGCCCUACGCGGGGAGCACAGAGGUCAGCCCCGCGGUCCCCACGUGCAAGGUAACACCGUUAGGUCACCCCGAAGCCCUCAAAGCACCUUCGGAGGCGGCAAGUGAAAGCGAUGACUGGAACGGGGAGGUUCGCUUCUCGGCGCCCACCACCGUGCUCAGGAAGAACCAGUACUGGGUGUGAGUCUACAAAAACGUCUCACGGAGCCUUUACUCCAUGGACAAUAGUCGGAUGCAGAGUGGCGGAGAAAAAAAGAAAGGCGAAGACGGAGUAAUAAGCCUUAUCGCCAAGAGUUCAGCUGAGAAGAUUAUGCGCUCUAAGGUGCUCUUUGACUGAUCCCUUUUCACUUGGCAAGCGAACCAGUCAAGUCACAAUUUUGUGUCACGUGGCCGAACUUUCAAGCCUGCUAGACCUCGCAAGAUCUAGGAAUAGGUGAUUACAUUAUUGCUCUGUGCCUUCUCUUAAGUUCAUGGCGGAACGAUGUGCAAAGAGACUAUUAAGUUAAGGAGCGUCUUGCUUCAUUCGGCAGUGGCAGUGGCCGCUGCUCGUGUUACCUUAAAAAAAAAACCGUUUGAGGGAUGCAUUCAACUAACCUAAUUUUGCUGAAUUUAUAGGAAGUGUCCAAUAGUGCCCGCACAGGAUUGCAAGUUUGCCUGUGCUACGAAACGGAUGUUAUGGUGACGCACUGGAAUCACGUCCUCAGCAAAGGGGGCGUGGAAUUGUGGGCUAAGUUCGAGUGACGUCAACGCACCUACCCUACAAAACUUCUGAUGCCAUCACUGCGCAGGCGCAGUGACGGUCGUCCACCGGUCUUCGUGUCCUCAAGACGCUUGUGAAGUGUCGCUGUUCUGGAUCAUGACGUCGCUGCGGUGCGGAUAGCAAGCAACGAUUUAAUGCUCAGGGAGUACACAGCUAUUGCAAGUUCAUCGUGGAUUGGUGAAUCAACCUUUGCCGCCGACUUACUUCACGAAACCGGUGUGAUUUCAAUGUUGUGACCUCGCUGUGGUGGUUGCGGCGUCAAUCAUCACGUGACUGGCUUCAUCGCAUCGUCUCUACUCACGGCAGGCCAGCCGGCUGCCCUGCCGUAGACCUUGGGAUUUCUUUAACCCUUUUCUCCGUGAUAUCUCCGCACUUAUCUUGAGUGAUUUUUGCGCACUUAGAUUCCUUAGAAAUUCAUAUUAGUUUUAAACUGGUCAUCCAAUCAUUUUAUACAACUUAACUACGUUCAUCAACCGUUUACAUGGUACUGUCCUUAUAGAGACGAUAAACGUUGAACUAGAGUGUACUAGAAAGGUGAGGGUUGUGACCAUUGCUAGAUUUCUGUGAAAAGCUAUGAAGCUUUGGGUAGGGGAAGAAACGCGGCGCCACCGUCGUCUAUUUGCAUGUUAGACCCUCUAUACGAUUGUCUUGGUGGCGUCUUUUAUAUUGUAAAUUUCCAGUAAUCGGGCUUAAAACACGGCUUCACGAGAUGGUUUAAUGGAGCGUGCUCAUUGAGCGUAGACAAUGCUGAGUAAGCAGAGGCACACGUACUUUUUGUGCUGUGCUGUGAGGAGAUUCCUGCAAUAUCAUUGAGCAAACGCCUGUCUGCAAGCAGGCGAAGAAUGUCGCGUCGCAAUUGCUUUUUAUGUGUCGCGUCCAUACCAAGCACCUCAGCAAACAGUCGGUCGUAGCAACGCUCCGCCUAUUUCAGUGCUCUCUAGUUGAAAGCCCGAUUCGCCGUAUCUCAGAGAAGUCGCAAGAACUGCUGAAACUCCUAAUGUAGGGUGUUUUGUUUCUGGGAAAACGUUGGACGUCUAUCGUCUCUCUGGACAGCCCUUCACUCCCCCCCUCCCUGUCGCUAGUUGUUGCCUCUUGCACAAGCGAGUAACCUUGUAUAUAUGGCAUCUGAAUCUUUCAUCGAGGUAAAAAGGAUCCAGGCAACGCGUUUAUACCAGAGGGAAUCACCAGAAUGUGUACCCCUUCACCCUCAGUUAGUCGGUGCCUAUCGCCAGUACGGUCGCCCUAUUGCUGUCACCGGAAUCAUUUUAUUGCUCAACAGACACCCGAUCAGUUCACCGCACUACCUGUACAUCGUCGGUACCGUACAGACACAUGUCGUCCCUGGACGCAAACUUGCACAAGGCUGGGUUCAGGCCGAUGAUCGUCCGACACUUGACCCGCCCUCCCCGAAUCUCGAGUCUUCCUCCUGGUAAAGCUUCAAAUGCCUUCUUCUUCGUCGUAUACACAGAAAUACUAUUUUUAUUACUCAGGAAUCGCUGCCGUGCUCUUGUGCUGCCAAGUGUCUCGGACGUGUAGAUGCAUCUAGUACAGAACAUCUUCACCAUCUUCGUCUUCUUGUCUAUGUGUUCCAAAGGUCUUGAAGAUGAGACGCCCGUCUAGCGUGACUAUACUCCGUUUCACAUCAAAGAGUUUUAGGGAAACGUUUUCGCACGUCUCGAAUGGUACGAUGGGCUCUUACGUAUGGACUGCGCAUGCGCUACCAUAGAAGACUCACAUGCGCAGUUCGUACCGAAGGGCCCAUCUUACCGUAUCGGAUGCUCAAAAACGGUUCCCUAAAACUCUCUUGUAAGUCCAACCACAGUCAUCGUUAAGAUCCGUGGGAGCCAAUCAAGCUCUGUCAAAAGUGCAUCGUCACGGUGCUCGCAUUCUUUGAACGUUUUUUUUAUCACCGGCUACACCAAUCGCGCACAGAUAGAAGUGCAGGAUCACAACGGAUUCCCUGCGUGCGACUGGUUCAUCCGUUGAUAGCAGACGCGAAAAGACGAGCGCCAAGAGGAUAAACUUUUUGGCUUUGCUUGGUUGGCGUCGCCGGAUCGUAGCUUUAGCUGCGGUUGAACUUAGCGUGAAACAGAGUAUAAAAGGCUACGUAGACGUUGAUCGUGUAGGUUAUAAUUACCAUCAUCUAUGCCAAAAAAAAAAAGUUUACCUCUUACACAAAUGAUGGUCCGCAUUUUUAUGUUGGUUUAUGCGCAGUCUCCUAAAACAUCUAUGCGCCACGAUGUUCGAUGUCGAUGUUUGACUUCCCGUGGAAGGUAUUUGUGCUAUAUUGGGCAACAGUUUGCAAUUUGAAAUUAACGGUUGGCAUACAUGCUCUCAAUAUCAUCAAAAUGUGGUCAGUUUUUCCUGCGAACAUAGUAAAGACCUAAGGCCCAUGCACACGGUAGAGUCUGACUGCGUUUGACCAGAACCACUUUGGAGGAAAGAGGGAGGGGGGUUGUUAUUUAGGAGCCAUUGGCUCUUGUCGGCAGGACACAACUGCCGGUUACCCAACGAUGCGUGGAUUGGUGGCCAUGAUAAUUUUUAGUCGCCUCCGACUGAAGCCAACGCAGAGUGAUCAGACGUAGUCUAACACUACUAGACCGUGUGAAUGGGCACUUCAUUUGAUGUGCGCGCGUAGGAAAGGCAGCUCAUUGGCGACAACCAGGUCAAUUUUCAUGUGAGCACUCGUACUUGCUUGCUGUACGAGUGCGUGUCUUCACAUCUGGUACCAGGGCCGAACAAGGAAUGUCCCGUGGAACAAAUCAAUUAACCGGCAGACUACUGGAAGAAACGGGAACUUACACGAACCACUUACGAUGCAAAUGUCUCUCUCCAGCGUGUCUGUAGUAUGUCCUGUUCUGACCAGGUAUCGGCACCCCCACGAAUGCAAGCUGUCGCGCAACGAAAUGAGCAUACCGCGUUCGCUCCUGUUUUUCGCCAGCAUUUCUACGACCAACCGCAAGGGUCACGACAUCCGACAGCAGGACGCUCCGUCUACUGUGACGUCAUUUGUUGCCACUUCGCAUCACUUUUGAUGUAUGGGCGGGAUAGGACGGUGAACA